AUGUCAGGAAACAGAAAGAAGGGAGUCAAGCCAUCCCUGACGACACCCACCCAGGGCCCAACCAACACCGCCAGUGGCUCUGGUCCGCUAAGGAGAGAGGGAUCAAAAGUGAACCCAAGGAGGGUAAGUUUUUCUGCCACUACACCCUCUCUCCAAGCAAACCCGCAUCCGCACCGGUGUCCAAAGUACGGACACGGUUGCGAGACCAUUGGGGGGCUGCAGAAGCAUAUGAAGCUAUGCGGAACACGUGACACGUCAAAGUGUCAAUUCUGCGAGAGAACCUUCCCCACGUUCCAGGGGGUAAGGCAGCACGAAAAGAAAGCGCAUCCCGAUCUAUAUGCGAAGGAAAUGGAAGAUAGCCUGCCGAGGCCGGAACACGAGCUUUACGAGAUCCUUGCGGCCAUAGAGGUCUCCACCAUGAAGGGUAUACCGUUCGUUAAAGAAAUGGAGAAAGCCACCGGCCUCACUAGCCAUCAGAUCGGCCACAAGCGGGACUAA